AUGCCUCCUGCAUACAAACGACUUGACAAAGACGACUGCGUCUUCCUUUUUGUUGAUCAACAGUCAGGUUUAAUCCAGCUAGUCCGUGACUUUGAACCCAACGAAUUUCACACAAAUCUCCUGGCAUUGGCAAAGGUUGCAGCUUACUACAAAGCCCCUGCCGUGCUGACGACUUCAUUUGAAUCUGGACCUAAUGGCCCUAUCGUCAAAGAGAUUCCAGAGGCGCUCCCCAAUGCACCUCUGAUUCGUCGUCCCGGGCAAAUAAAUGCCAUGGAUAACGAAGACUUUGUCAGUGCAGUCAAAGCAACUGGUAAAAAGCAGAUUAUCAUCAGUGGUGUGUUGACUGAAAUCUGCGUUGCCUUCCCCGCCCUCAGUUUAAUCGAACAAGGCUACGAUGUCUUUGUGGUCACUGAUGCAUCCGGUACCUUUAAAGAGCACACGAGGGAAUCUGCCCACAAGCGGAUGGUUCAAGCAGGGUGCCAGCUUCUCAACUGGGCAGCUGUCUCUGCUGAGCUUCACAGAGAUUGGCGCCGGGAUGUCGAAGGCUAUCGUGGAAUUUGGCGUGAUUAUGUUCCCGGUUACUGGUGCUUGAUGCAAAGCUAUACAUCCAGCGGUCAGAGUGCCGAAAAGUAA